CGAAAGCGAAAGCGAAAGGCGGGAGCAGGCGCGGGGUCCCCGGCAGCAGCACCGGGCAGGGGGAGCGGUCCCGGCGGGCAGGACAGGGCAGGGCUCCCCGCGGGACCGGGGCUCCGGUCCGUGCUGCCGCCAGCGCUGCGGGGAUGGAUUCAGAGGAGGACUCCUUCGUCCGGCUGCUCCCCGAGGAGAGCCCCAAGCAGCUCCGGUGGGAGAUGGAGCGGUGUAAGGAGCUCAGUAUUCUGGGGCAAGACCAUGAAAACCUACAAAUGGCCAACGAAGCUGCAGAGCAAGGGACACGAGAGCUGAAGGAAGAAGGAGAACUUCUUCAUAAAAUUCUUGAGCAACAGCUGUCUUUAAACGGAGAUCAAGAGAGAGCCCACCAGAUUUUUGCAGCAAAGGAGGAGAACAACAGACUGAGGCAGGAGAAGCAGGUCCUGAAAAAUAAACUGGAAGAAUUGAAGAAGAGAGUCCUCUGGAAUGAUCCUGUGAUGAUGCUGUCUGCCUUGCCGGAAAAGAAAAUGAUCUUUAAGGGACUCACAGUAAACAAGGAGGACAUGAAUAAGCUGAUGCUCACCCCACUGAUCCACUACCCUAUGCCAGGGGGCUCAGCUCUCAUCACCUUUGAGGAGGCAAAGGUGGCCCAGAGGAUCAUAGAGAUGAGGGAGCACAUGGUGGAGCUGAGCUGUGGGGAGGAACUGGAGGAGCUGGACCGGUGCAGAGUGCGAGUGCAGGCAGUGCCCGUGGAGAUCCUGCUGCCGUCUGCCCUGGAGGUCAGGCUGACUCAGAGCAGCAGGAGCAUCCUUGUGUCUGACUUGCCCAGCCUGGGCAUCUGCAAGGAGGCACUGCUGGACAAGCUGGAGCUCUUCUUCAGCAAGGCAAAGAAUGGGGGCAGCGAGGUGGAGAGCAGGGAGUUCCUGGAUGACUCUGGCCAGGUGGUGCUGACCUUCACACAGGAUGGAGUGGCAGAGCCGCUAAUUGAAAAAGGACAUAUCCAAGUGCUUAUUGGGAAAGGGAAAUACAAAGUCAAAAUAUCACCAUGCAUGAGUGGAGACAUCGCUAACCUGCAGCUCCAGCCCUCCCGCUGCCCCAGGACUGUCCUGCUUUUGGGCAUCCCCGACGUGCUGAGUGAGGAGUCCAUGAGAGACGCCCUGGAGAUCCACUUCCAGAAGGCCAGCCGCGGCGGCGGAGAGGUGGAUGCCCUUGCCUACGUCCCAGCAGGGCGGACAGGGGUGGCCGUGUUCGUGGAGGACAGGGGCUAGUCCUGGCUAGUCCUGGCCGGCCCCGUCAGCCCGAGGCUGAGGAGCUCCGUUGGCCGGCGGGCACGGGGGAAAUUAAAGCGUCUGUUGGGA